GCCAGAGUGUGAUUCAUCAUGCUCUAUUUGUUUACCACUAGCACAUGCUGAUGACAUUUUAUUCUUCCAUACAAACGUCGUAGCCUUUGAUUCAAUGCGUGUCGUCAUUGGUCAUACCCAAGUUUAUUAGAUCCAUGUCGUACAGUGUGAUUUGUAAUGAUCUUAUCGGAUUGCCAAAAUCGCACUGUCUGUAGCAGGCAUGACAGACAUUUUGCCUCAUCAGUCAAUCACUGUUCACACUUCAAGUCAGCUCAUUCAUUGAUUCUCAGCUCAUUACAAAUCAUGUUGGCAAGAGACAAUUCUCAGUUCACUGAGUCAGCAAGUGGAAUCAAGGACUGAUUCAGUCCGCCUAAACUGUAUAGAUCAGUAAUGGAGGAUGUCAUCAAUGAAGUCCGGGAGCUUUUCCUGGACGAGGGAGUGGAUGAGCAGGUCCUGAUGGAGCUUAAAACGUUGUGGGAGAGUAAGCUGAUGCAGUCGAAGGCGGUGGAUGGUUUUCAUACGGAGGAGCAGCAGGCUCUGCAAGCUCAACAGGCCCAACAAGCUCAGCUGACGCAGGCACAAUCCCAACCGCAGCAAGUCCUCCUGCCUCCAGCGCAGCAGGCUCCUCAGCAGCAGGUCAUUGUUCAGGAUCCUAAGAUUCUCCAGCACAUGAGCGCGACAGGGAUGAGUGCAGCAGCCACAGCAGCAACUUUGGCUUUACCCACAGGUGUAACACCAUUUCAGCAACUCAUCACACCUCAGGGUCAGAUCCUGCAGGUGGUCCGGGCUGCCAAUGGAGCUCAAUACAUCAUCCAGCCUCAGCAGCAGAUGGUGUUGCAGCAGCAGGUCCUGCCCCAGAUGCAGCCUGGAGGUGUACAGGCCCCCGUCAUACAGCAGGUGUUGACUCCUCUUCAGGGAGGCCUUUCUCAGCAGACCGGAGUCAUCAUCCAACCACAGCAGAUUGUCCUCACAGGAAAUAAAGUACAGCAGAACCCUCAGGUCAUGCAGGCGAUGGCGGUUCAGCAGGCACAGGGAGCUGCGCAGAUACAGGCUCAGGCUCAGCCUCAAGCACAGCCGCCCCAACAACAGACACAGCAGCAACAGGCCUCGCAGCAGCAGCCGCCCAUGAUGCUCCAGGUGGACGGAGCAGGAGACACGUCCUCGGAAGAGGACGAAGAGGAGGAGGACGAGUAUGAUGAGGAUGAGGAUGAAGACAAGGAGAAAGAUGGAGGCGAGGAUGGCCAAGUGGAGGAGGAGCCGUUAAACAGUGGGGAUGAUGUCAGCGAUGAGGAAGACCAGGAGCUGUUCGACACAGAGAACGUGGUGGUCUGCCAAUAUGACAAGAUCCACAGAAGUAAGAACAAAUGGAAAUUUCACCUGAAAGACGGGAUCAUGAAUCUGAACGGUCGGGAUUACGUGUUCUCCAAAGCCAUUGGAGAUGCAGAGUGGUAAAAAGAGAGGAACAAAACCCAAAACUGUCUACACUUAAGGCAAGACACAUCAAGACCUGAAACAAUGUAUCAGGGGAUUCCCACUUCGGGGGGCUGAAGAGUAACGUCCCAAUGCUACUGUGCUGUUUGAGCGAUAUCUGCACAAAAUAAUGUGCCAUCCAAGAGAUUCCCCCCUCCCCCCUUUUAAAGAUGGCCCUUUUACCUGUAGAAUUUCACAGGAGUCCAUAACUUCACUUUUAGAACAAUAUUCUUGCCCCUCAGAUGUAUGAAAAUAUUAGGCGCAGGGAGC